CGAGAUGGUAUCGUCUAAUAUGGCAGCCUCCGUGUUAAAGCGAUGUGCGACUGCUGCUGUCAAAGUUAAAAGUUUAUCUCCGUCUCUUUCAGCCCGACGAUGGUUGCUUUCAGCGGCUUACACAGACAGCAAAAUGUGGGAGGCGAGAGAGAAAGAUCCUCAGAACCUGGCUGUACUCGCCAACACUAUGGACAGGACAUAUGACAGGAAUCUCCCUGUUAGCUCUCUGAUUAUGUCACGGUUUGUGGACAACAUAUCAUCCCGGGAAGAAAUUGAUCAAGCAGAGUACUACCUUUAUAAGUUUCGUCACAGUCCAAACUGUUGGUACCUGCGAGACUGGACCAUUCAUGGCUGGAUCAGACAGUGUCUAAAACAUGGGGCUAGAGAUAAGGCCUUGCACACACUUAAAAACAAGAUCCAGUAUGGAAUAUUCCCAGAUGACUUCACCUUCAAUCUCCUCAUGGAUUCCUUCAUUAAGGAUGCAGACUUUAAAAGUGCGUGUUCUGUGGUUGAAGAGGUGAUGCUUCAGGAGGCUUUUGAUCUUCCCUCCACUCAGAUCCUGUCUCUGUAUGCUCUGGGCAGUUACCUAGCAACCAGACCACAACUUGCUGUGUCAGAAGAACGGGCUCUGGGGGCAUCGCUGCUUAUCUGUGGACAGAAGCAAGACAACACCAUUGGCCUCAGUGCUCAGCUGCUUGGCAAUGCUUUCCUCGGCAAGGUAGAAAAUUUAAAGGGCAUACAUGCCGUCUUCAAAGGGAUGCCUCUCUUCUGGGGUCGAGGAUAUCUGGGCAGAGCGCUGGCCAUUAUGGAGAGAGUGGCUGCUGCUUCUAGUGAUGUCAAACUGUCCAAAGAUACACUGGGAUAUGUGAAUGACUUGCUCCACGACCUGCCUUUGACCUCAGAGUCAGACUCUUCUGGAGAAGAGUCAGGAGGUGAAGAGGACAAGAAAGAAAACACUGUAGAUGAAGACGAUCAGGCCGAAGCUGCUAAGCUACCCGAGUAUGUCAAGAAAUUCAAGGAAUUGAACAGCCAGCUGGAGUCUCAGGGUAAAGUAGAGUCAACCUCUUUCCAGGAUUUAGUGACCGCUCUGGCCCAGCAGAACCUGGCUGCUGCCGAGACACCGGACCUCGAGCAGUAUGAGAGCCGGGUGCAGGCCUGGGAGGCCGAGAAGAGGCAGCUGAUCCAGAGAGAGAAGGAGAUGAGGGAAAAGGCUGAGCAGGAGAAACAGGAGCGAUUAGCUGCCAUGGCUGCAGCUCAGCAGGUGUAGAAACUUUUUACAUGGAGCCAACUGUGACUCACCGAACUGUCCGUCGAGUACGUACUUUAAAAUGUGUAUACUUGUGAGUGUAUUAUUAUCAUUGCACCAGGUUCUGUCACUUAUUACUUUUGUAUAUAUCAAUUAUUGUGUUUGUGGCUCUGUUUUUAUAGAAUAGAGCUAAUAUAAAUAGGCUGUCAAAAUAAAACACACUUUCAGUUCUAUCACAUAUUUGUAUUUCACGUUUAUUGUUUGUCUGUCGUGGACUAUGGGAUGAUAUCAUCACUGGAACUUAUGCUCACAUCAAUUGUUCAGCCCGAUCGUAGGGUGACCUCAUGUAAGCAAAAAGAUGGAAAAGCUAGGGAAAGAUCGUCCCAUCACAUCCUCCCACUCCUUUUCCUCUUUGCCUGCAGUCGUCUUUGUCACAUGUUUGUGUGUUUUCUGUGUGCGCACGUCUGUCAAAAGCAUCUUGGGGAGUUUUUUUCUCACGGGCCACAUUACACAAGAUAUUUGCUGAUAGCAAAUCUAGAGAAAAACAAAUUAUUUGCCUAGAAAGGAAUGCAGUUCUGACCAGAAACCUUUCCGUUCACAUGAAAAAGCCAAUAAUGUUGUAUAGCUCCUGAUAAAUGUAAGACCAGACAAAGUGCACAUCAGGCUAAAUUAUUAGGAAACUAUCUUCAUAAAAGUUCAAUGUCAGCUAAUACAGAAAUAUCACUCUAAUAGCAACGACACGUUAACUAACAAAUGAAGUUUGGACUCUGCACAAAAGAUAAGACAAUAGAUCUUUGGGGGGGGAAAUGCUGUUGUGGUAGUGCAGAUAAUGCAUUCAUUCUACAUUAUGCUGCAGCUAUUCAGUAUUCAGAGCACGAGCUUGGGAAACAGCCUGGUAUGCAGUCCAGGAUGAAUGAGCAGCACAAAACGCUGAAACAAGAACCAUUGUGAUCCCAAGGCACC